ACUUCUUGUUGUGACUGGACAUUCAAGAUAGUGACAGUAACUUGCAGAGAGCUGAUUGAUAGUAGCAAAUCACCAGUGGAACAUUACCAUAAAUGAGUUCUAAUCACACUGCUCAUAAUUACAUUCUUAUAGCUUAGAGAUGACUAUUUUAUGACAAGUGGAGACAAAAUUAGAUAUUUCUUUGAAGAAGGAGCUUUCAAUGAUAAAGGUGAACUUAUCGUGAAAAAACAUAAUGCCAUCAACAAAGUUGGUCAUGCACUUCACGCUUUAAAUCCAGUGUUUAAAAAAGUCACAUUCAACAAGAGAAUAGAGGCUAUCGUCAAGUCAAUUGGAUUUAAACAUCCAGUUGUCCCACAGAGUAUGUAUAUUUUUAAGCAACCAGGAAUUGGUGGAGAAGUCUUUCCUCAUCGAGACUCCACCUUUCUGUAUACGGAGCCACCCAGUGCCUUGGGUUUAUGGAUACCGCUGGAAGAUUGCACUCUGGAAAAUGGCUGCCUACAGUUUGUUCCCAAAUCUCAUAAUGAUGCAUUAAAGCGUCGUUUUAUAUGUAACCCUGAGCCUGACAGUACCCCAACCGUUUUUAAAGGACCUAAAGAAGAAUUUGAUGACAAGGACUUCAUUCCACAGUUUACAAAAAAAGGUUGUUUGGUAUUGAUUCAUGGAACUGUCCUGCACAGAAGUUUUCCUAACAAGUCUGACAAGUCGAGGCAUGCAUAUACAUUUCAUAUUGUUGAACAAGAAAAUACAGAAUACAGCAAACAGAACUGGUUGCAGCCUACAUCUGAGUUGCCAUUUCCUGCUCUUUACACAGAGUAGAUGAAGACAAGCCAGACAUGGCCUCGCAGAUAAGCCUGGAAUAACCCACAAUAUUUUUCUACAUUAUGCACCAAAUGCAACUCAUACUUUGCGUAUUUUGACCAUUACUCCUGGUAUAGGGGAUGUUUUGUGCUGAAAAUUAUGUGCAGACUUUUCAACAAGUUCAUAUCAUUUCUUACUGGGGGGUCAUAUGAUAGCAAUAUUCACUCCUACAUCCAUUUCGUGAUUUUCAUGGUUCAAGGAGUUAACUCCCUUACUCCUUGACCCCCCACCCCUACCCCACCCCCCUCCCACCCCCAAUUCUGAGCAGUUUUGCGUGAAGUAAAGUGGGGUACUCAAGUUACUGUUAAUUUUUUGGAGGUAAAUUUCUCUUGUCUACACCUAGGGCAAUAAUCACUCUGUAGAAAACCAGUUUAUGUUUCUUUUACCAAAUGCAAUGUUGCUUCACAAUUUUCAACCUUGUGGGAAGUGUAGAAUACCCCAGAACAGGAAAGAAACAACAUUCACUGGCUUGGUACAUGAUAAUUAUUGGAAUUUCCUGCUUUCAAUUAUUUGAAUGUCAAUUACUUUUUAGUAGUUAAUAAGGUCAUAGCUAAUAAAGUCAUUAGCAAGAGUAAUGCUUUGACAGUUAACAGACAUUAAUCAAGGGGGACAUCUCAAAGGACUGAUUAAGCCUGUUUUAUCUAAAAAAAAAUGUUACUUUGUGACGUUUAUUCUAAUUAGUGUUAAGUUUUAGAACAAAUAGGAAUCAAGACAUACACAAUAGGCAGUUUAAGCACAGCAUUCAUUUAUUCAAAUUUACAAAAUUUCAAUUGAUUUAAGGAUCAUCGCACAAUAAUUAUACUACCUUAUUAAAAGCCCAAAGCAAUUUAAUAUGUUUUCAUGUUUCAAUGCAAGGCCAGCGAUAAUCAAAUGUGGUAAAAAUGUUACCAUGUUACACUUUGAAUUCUUAACUGUUUAGUCACUAGCCUUAAAAGUGGAAUGAAUUUGAACCUGUAGUACAUUGUGCACUCAACAGGCAACUUGCAUGAUGGCAUCAUUUCACUACAACUACCAUUAUGCUUAAUUAUUUUUUUUAACUCAUGCUAAUAUGGCACAAUUGUCAUUUUAACCCCCCUGUAGUUUUAAAAUUUGAAUAAUAAAGGAGAAACGAAAUGAUUCUGGUAGUUGUAGUCAAAUGAUGACAUCAUGCAAGUGUGCUAUUCUAAGCUGGCCCUGAGCAAGUCUAGUGAAUAACUUGAAAAACCCCAAACAGCCUGCUUUUAAAUAUUGCCCCCUAAUGGAAAUGUUAAUCAAAAACUAUUGAUCCACACAAUGUUUUAUGGAAGUGCAUUUUAAAAGACCAAUUUGUAUCAAAUUUGAUAGUCAUCUCCAAAAAAAGGUCACCAUCGUGCAAGUACAGCCUACUCAGUCAGGUUCAAACAAGGCUAAUAUUUUUAGGAUAGUGUUAUGGUAAUGUUUUCAUGUUGUCACUAAUUAUUGCUGAAAUUUUAUUGUUUACUGUUGAUAUCAAAUAGGCCAUUAGUUAGCUUCAUGAUAGUUUUUAACAUACCUGAUUUACAUAUUCAUAAAUAUUACAAGCUACUAAACAACAUAAAUUAGUUUAAUACUACUUGCCCAGCAGAUUAAUCAUCAUAAAACAUUAGAAGUCAACCAAUUUAAUUAUAUUUCAGUCACCUUUAUUUUGCUUAAAUGUAGCAUUAUAUAUCUAUGGCAUCUACCAAACAAUAUAUUUAUCACUGUGGAACAGUUAAUGUUUCAUAACAAAUGACAUGGAAAACAUGGGGUUUUUAGGUGCAAGCUGGUCCCAGAGACAGUUAAAUCUAUAUUUAAUAUGGCAGUCUUGUUAUAGCUGCAAAUGAUUGACACAAGGCUUACUAGUUGUUCACUACACUAAUGUUCCAAUAAAUGAGUUGCCAAAGGGCUCCAAUAUAUUGAGUCUACAGCUGUUUAUUUCACUCGAAUUCUUACUUCAUACGUUAUAAAAUAUCAAGCGAUGAUUCUAUAGAAAAGGCCCCCAUAAUUAUAGCGGGAGCCCAUUCUUACCAAGUAGAUACGAACUUGUAGGUAUUUACAUACACUAACUCCCAUCUCCCAAGGAGGAAUUAGCCACCGCAAGAACUAAGCAACUGUCUAGGGAGGGCAAAGCAGUGUUUUGUCUACAGUAGGGAAAGGUUUGAUAUAAAUCCACUGCUAGUGGUACAGUACCACAAUACAUAACUUUGGAGUUGGUACUUAUUUUAAUAAAUAUUAUAUUUCAUAUACAGACUGCUCUUUUCAGCAAAUGCAAUCUCAGGUGUUUUAAAAUAAGUAUAAAGAUCAUGCAAUAAUUUUCAUAUUAAAAAUAACUAUUUUCUGUUCAGCUGAUCAGCUUUGA